AUGGCUAAUGAUCUAAUUGUAUUGGCGUAUUCAGGCGGCUUGGAUACCAGUUGUAUUUUGAAAUGGCUAAUACAGAAAGAUUACGAUGUCGUAUGCUAUAUGGCUGAUAUUGGCCAAGAUGAAAACUUCAGUGCAGCGAAAAAGAAGGCUAUGGCCAUUGGGGCUAAAGAUGUCAUUGUGGAAGAUCUGCGGAAGGAAUUUAUCGUUAACUACAUGCUGCCUGCCCUUCAAAUGGGGCUAGUGUAUGAAAGUCGGUAUCUUCUUGGCACAUCUGUAGCUCGGCCUUGUAUAUCAGUGGGAAUUGUUAAUGCAGCUAAGAAAUUAGGGGCCAAAUACAUCUCCCAUGGCGCAACUGGUAAAGGCAAUGAUCAAGUAAGAUUCGAGUUAAGCGUGUAUUCACUGUGGCCCGAAGGAAAAAUCAUCGCUCCGUGGAGACUUCCAGAAUUCUUCAAUAGAUUUCAAGGUCGCAGUGAUUUAUUGGACUUCGCUAAAAAGGAAAAUAUACCUGUGUCUGCGACUCCAAAAGCUCCUUGGUCUACAGAUGAAAAUAUAAUGCAUAUCAGUUAUGAAUCUGGGAUUUUGGAAGAUCCAGCUGAGAUACCGCCAAAGGGGAUUUACAAAAUGACUCGUGAUCUUGAUCAGGCCGAAGAUUAUCCUUGCUCUAUAGAUAUUGCUUUUAAGAAAGGGUUACCAGUUUCAAUCACCAUUCCUAGUGGACAAGAGAAAUCACUACUCAUACAAGAUCAGCUAAAAAUGAUUGAGACACUUAACAAGUUAGGAGGGCAACACGGCGUUGGGCGAAUAGAUAUUGUAGAAAAUAGAUUUCUUGGGCUAAAGAGUCGUGGACUAUAUGAAACUCCUGCCGGUACUAUUCUUUACACUGCUCAUCUCGAUUUAGAAGCUUUCACAUUGGACAGAGAAGUAUUGAGGAUAAAAAGGAACCUGCAAGAUAAAAUGUCCGACUUCGUGUACAAUGGUUUCUGGUUUUCGCCAGAAGCGAAUUAUACCAGGAAGUGUUUGGAACUCUCCCAAGAGUCUGUCAGUGGAACUGUCACAGUACAGAUCUUUAAGGGCAAUGUUCUCGUUCUGGCUAGAAAAAGUCCAUUCAGCCUUUACAAUAAGGACCUCGUUUCGAUGGACGUCGCCGGGGGAUUUUCGCCAGAAGAUAGCACUGGUUUUAUCAAUAUCAACGCAAUUCGCCUUAAAGAAUACGCCCGUAUUACUAACGUCCCUAAAUAA